AAGACUUAACUAAAUCUAGCUGAAAAAACGUUCAAACUUUUUCAGUCCCAGGAGCAUGAGCUAGUGAACAAGUAUAAUCAUGUUGUGAGUUUGUGGAAAAGGAUUUCAACUGUUACCGGAGAAUUGCGUUAUAUGGAUGCCAUGAAGCUGCUGCAUACCCUAGAGGAUGCGUCCGAAGGGUUUGCCCACCAAGUUAAUACAACAAUUUCCCUGCUUCAUCCCAUUCAUUGCACUAGAGAGAGAAAAGUAGACGUGGUGUUUGAUGCAACGACAAUUCCUGCUUUCUUGGUUGUUGGGGGCAUUCUGUAUGUGGUGCUAAAGCCAAGACGACCGAAGCCUAAAAUUAAUUAAGACUCAUACUGUGAUACAGAACCUGAUAUCGUAGAGGGGGAAUGACAACAAUUUUCUCCCCCGAUAAUAACUACUGUCUCAUUGUAUCUAAUUGAUAGUUUGUUAGGGCUAAAGGAAAGGAGGCACUAGAAUUCAGUGGAAAACUGUACUACUUCUAUUGUAGUUCAAAAAUUUUUGUCAUCUACUUGCUGCUAUUUUCUUUUUCUUCGGCAGCAUUUCUUGGUGGAAUACAUUCAUCAAUUUACACUUGAACUACCAAAAUGAUAUAGGCAUAAUACAACCUUAUAAUUAUGAUCCUUUUAACUUAACAUAAAGCUUUAAUAGUAGGAGAAAAGAAGUAAUCGAAGACGUUUUAAACUUCCGGAGAAAGCGGAGGCUUGCAUUGUUUCACGUUUUCUUCUUCCUCCUCAGAUUCACCCCAAUACCUGAAUCUAAAUUUGAAAGCCGAAGUACAUUAUCGAUCUCAAUCUUGAUUUGGGCGAUAGCGAUACCAUGGCGGAGAACGGCGAUGCGGUGUCUUCCGAGGAGCAGCAGGGAGCAUCCUACACGUAUUGGGUGAGGGAAGCCACGCCGGAUGCCGCCCCACUCCCCGUUCCAAAGAAGCUCGACUCUCAAGAUGUCCUCUCUCAACAAUCGAGUUCCAACAACCUGGGCUCCGUUUGGAAUCGGGCUGGAACUUGGGAGGAGAAAAGCCUAAACACGUGGGCAAGUGACAGAAUAAAGGAAUUGCUAAAAUCAGUGGGCUCCUUGGAGUUCUCUGGUGGCAGAGCAGAAAUAGCAGAUGUAACAAAGUGUAUUGGUGAUUUUCUUUCCAAGCAGGCUUUCUUAGUAACUGUCCGAAACAAGAAACGUGUAGGGUACACUUAUGAGGUGACACUAAAAGUCAAAGGGGAGUGGCUUGUUCAAGAGGAGAGAAAGAUGGUCAAGGGCAAUAUAGACAUCCCAGAGUUCUCUUUUGGUGAGCUGGAUGACUUGCAGGUAUAAUAUAUAAUUUCCAUGUUAUGUCAUAGAGUUAGACUGCAGAUAUUGGUGUCUACAUUUAUUUCCUACUAGAGAUGUCACAUAUGAUAAGUUCAAGCAUGCUACUACUGCAAUAUGGAUAUUGGGCUAAUGAUAUGCAGACAACAUUUUUUUAUAACUUUUAUUUACAACUUUUACAUGUCACUAGAUGAAUGGAUGCAUACAAUAAUACGAGUCUCAAUAGAGGAAAAAAAGCCAAUCAUUAAAUGACAUGUAAAGUUGUACAAAAAGUUGUUUCUCAAUCAUUCUCCAUGGAUAUAUAGGAUGUCUAUUAAUGGGAUAUGAUUAAUUUGUUGGUGAAUAAUCAUCACAAAGAAAUAAGAGGCAAUGAAAUAGCCAUAAAUAUAAAACACACAUGUCCAGGUUUUUGCCAUGGUCAAUUUCUGCUUUGAUGUGAUAACAAAACCUUUACGUCUACUUUAUAUAGAUGGAGGUGCGGCUUAAUGAAGAGCAAGAUCUUUUGCAACAAGUUAAGCUGCAGAUCAUCCAGGAUAUGAAGCAAUUUUUGAAGCCUGUCCGUGAGAAGUUACUUCAAUUUGAACAGGAACUUAAAGAUAGGUAGCAGUCCUGAUUCAAGAAAAGCAAAUGCUGGGCUUUUAUUAAAAAAGUUGUCAAGACUGUAACUUUAUUAUCUAAUCUAUCAAUGUGGACUAAUUUUUACAAGAUAUGUGAUGGAACACAAGAUGAUUAAAAGGUGAUGUGCUUUCAAGUAAUGCUUAAAUUAUGCCAACAGAUUAUUUUCUUAUGUUGUUUCCUCGGAUUUGUUGCUAAUUUCUAGCAUUUAGUUAAUCUGUG